AUGUCAACUAGUAGAAGUGAUGAAAAUAAGGUCAUAAUUGAAAUUGAUGAACUCGAAGUUGUUGAGUUUAAAAUCGAAAACAAGAAUCUUUUGAAAGAUUUUGCAAUUAGUCCAAAAGGAGACUUUGUAGUUAAGUUCAUGGUGAACGAUGAAAAAAUGGUAAACGGUAAAGAAACGUUCGAAUAUGAAUUACAAAUGUAUACUGUCGAUGGAAAAGGCUCAAAAUUAGAUGAUUUAAAUCCAACUGAUGAGAGAUCAUCGUACAGGAAACUUACCAGAAAAUCUGCUGACUUUAAAUUUACUGUUAAACAACUAGAUUGGAUUAAAAAUGAACGUAAAAAUGAAAAAAUCUUAAGAUGGUCUGUUGCCGUAUCAGAUAAAUCAACUAGCUCACCAGAAUUUAGAUUAUUAGCAAUAUCUUGCAUCAACAUUGAAGAUCUGAAAUCUUAUCAUGAAAGUCUUAAUGAAAAAAAAUCAGUAGAAACUCUCAAUAAUGGACUUACUUUUGUUUUUGUGAUUGAAAAAGAUUAUUCAAUUAGUCCUAUUAAUGAUAGAGAAAUAUCAUUUAAAUAUGGUGGAAUAGUUAAAUUAUUUUCUACAAAUGAUAACACAAUCGUUGUAAAGGAUAAUAAACAAAAUACUGAUGAACAUUUCCUUAUUAUCUUAACACUUACAGGGGUCUACAAAUAUCAUAUAAAGAAUAAAUAUGUUAACAAGGAACAAAAGCUAAAAUAUCCAAAAAGAAUGUACUAUGCUAUCAAUGAAAUUUUGAAUUUCUUUUUUUGGGCGGAUCCCAAAGGAUUACAUGAAUUCGUGUUGGAAUAUAUUUAUAAGUGUUUAAAUAAGCACUAUUUGUUGGUUGAUACUGAAAAAAAAGGCCUCGAAUACACAGAACUUUAUGAUUUAAAGACAAACCAAUUAGUAAAUACUUUUCAGAAACAGGUGUCAAACAGACCUAUAAAGUUUGAUAGACCUAGUUAUUAUGCAGUAUCGAACAGUGGCAAAUUAUUAGCAUAUUUUUCAUUUGCCAUUAACGGAAUCAAAAUAUAUUUAACUGAAUGCGGUCUUGAAAUAGCAAAGCUUGUAGAUAUUUUUAACAAAGAAAUUGCCAAUCAAUUAUGGAUUGGAAAAGAAUAUAUAUUCAUUGAUUUUUUUCCUGAUGAGAACGAUGAUGAGAAGUUAUUUGUAUAUUAUUCAGAAACGAAGAAAUGGUUUGUUUGGGAUAUAUUCAGCUUAUUCCGAAGUUCUAUUAAAUUUUUAAAAGGUCCAUUUGAUGAAGUUCCGUUAAAAGGAGCAAAAAUGUCAAAUAACUUAAUAGUCGUUGAUCAAAAUGACGAACCCAAAAUUUAUGAUGACUUGAUCAUACACAAAUACUUUAAAAAUUUAAAGAAAAAUGCUAAUCAAAGUUGGAAAGUACUAUCAAGCGAUUAUUUCUCAAGGAAAGAUCUCAGUAAUAAAAUCCGAGAUCUUCAUGGUAAAGAAUCAGAAUUUAAAGAACCAGAAUUUAAAAAUAUAUAUCAAAAACUUGAACCAUGGUCAAUAAUUGAAGAUAAUAAACAUUUAAGAUAUUCGUUUUAUCUUGAUGAGGAAAAAAAACAACUGCUUUUAAUUGGAAGUCAUACAAUUCAAGUUUGGUACGAGCAGGAUAAAGAAAGAUCACUUGAAUUCAUUUAUGCACCUAUAUCUGACUUGUUUAACCGUAAUGACAUGAAAACGGUUCGGGAAUUACAAGAUUUUGAGAAACAUUCAGCUUUAGAAGUAAUAGACAUUAAAUAUUGUAUCGGAAAAUUUAAACUUACCAUUAAAUUUCUCAUAACUAAAAUGAAAGACGAAUAUGAUAUUUCCAUAAUUAAAAUGGAAGACGAUGAUGAUCUUAUGAAUGUAGUAAAAUACGCUUGUUAUACACUUAAGUAUUUUUCUGUUUACAAGGAACUUGAACAUGUUUUUCUUUCUGGUGACGAAAAAAAAGAAUUUGACUUUAUGAUUAAACAAACUAAAAAAAUAAUUUGGAAAUUUAUUAAAUCGCACCCAACUGCUUUUCGGUUGUUAGAUAUUCACCAUGAUUUAAUGAGUGUACUUAUUGCAGCUAAAGAUUAUGAACUUGUAAACGACAUUUUAUCUUUUAGUGAAUUGAUUCAUAUACCUCAUUAUUCUAAAACGAUCCGUAAUGCCCUUUCAGAUAAUGCCAUGUUACCAUUGUUUUUAGAAUAUUAUUCUAAUAAUGCAAUGAAUAAUAUUGGAUGGAUGAAUACAGUUGUAGACAUCAUACCGGAAUUAUUUAAAUCUUACGUUCAAAAGUUGUUUAAUCAUCCAUGCUUUGAUAGCAAACAAUUGGAUUUAUUAUCUUUUGAAUUUCUUGAAAUUCCACCAGCGUUAGAUGGUUUGUUAAAGGUUUUUAUACCUAUUACACAGUUGAUUCCACAAAAUUCAAAAUUGGAUUUACAAGAGAUCGAUUUUGAUAAAAUUAGUACUGAUAAAAUUGUUGAUAUUCGAAUGGUACCUUUACCAAAUUUUACAACUAAAAAAGAAAUGCUAUCGGAUAUAUCGGAUAUAUCGAAUGAGAGAAAGAGAAAUUAUUCAAUAUUUCAAAAUUUAAUAAUGUUGCCUAUGCUUACAAGUGAAGAUUACAAGGAUUUCGAGGAAAAUUCCAGUCCUUUUAUUAAAAUAAUAAAAGAUAUUAAGCUCGAUAUUUUAUGUGAAAACCCAUCCAUGGCUGAAUCUUCAACAACGACCGGAGAGGAGGCUGACAAUCCAUUCUCAAAUUUUAUUGCUUCUAUACUUGCAGUAUAUGAUUGGUCAUCAAUUUCAUUUAGUACAUGGAAUUUUUGGCCACUCACUAUAAUUAGUGUACUUGGUAGUUUUCUUUUUAUACUUAUAUUACAAAAUGUAAUAAUUUCAUUCAUGAGUAAUGCUUUUACAGAUGCAGUCACUGAUAGUACUAGUAUAUAUAGUUAUCAAGUUGAUUUUAUUAGUUAUUCUGCUCUUCUUAGCAGAAAAUUAAAAUUUAAUGACUUAGAUUUCAAGCUAAAGGAUAUAUUAAGAGCAAAAUUCAUUUGUUUUUAUGAUGAUCCUUCUAUUACGAGUUCGUGGAAAAAAAAAUCAGAACAAAGAUCAAAACCAUCUUCUGAAAUGCAAAAAAUUAAGAGUGAAUAUAAAUAUGAGUCAACUGGAAGGGGUAAACUUAUUUGGGAAGAAAAGGAUGACAAUAUUCAAACUAGAUAUUGGUUUUUAUGA